AGGAGCUAAAAUUGAAAACCUUUAUUUUCCAAAAUCGAAAGCGUCAUGGCGCGUAAUUAUAGGGACAAUGCCAACGACCGGAACAGYCAAUCUGUAGAGAGCCAUCGAUCGCAGAGCGCAAACCCUAAGGAUGCAGCUUCAGGAAGGACAAAGGCGGGAAAAUUCAUUGGCGGAGCUGAGCGGGCCCGGAGGAAUGCACAGAAACGAAGCUGGAAACCUCAGAAAAACAGCCGUCACCAAAAAAGGAAUCGACAMGUCGGUGGUUUUGGUGGCUGCGAGGCAUCUCACCCCCUUUCCAGAACCAAGCUCCGAUCGACCGAGCGGUUCUUUGCUGCCCUCCUGGACCCCGCGAAUUUUGGCGCAGAGCCAGAGCCAUCCGAGCACAAGCGACACAGCGCCGAAGCGAUACUACAGAAGAUUUGCUGGAGGCUGGGGCUGGGACCGCUGCCUGCUAGCAACAACAACAACAACAAUAGCAAYGCCAACAUCCCCCACACCGAYGACAUGAGGCAAUUCUUUUCCUGGCGAGCAAUUCUCGUCAUGGAAGAAUCCCGUUUCGAGCUGUCGGAAGCCCUGCGGAAAUGCAGAGGCACGAGAUUCGCCGCUUCUAAGCGUCACCGCAACCCCAGGCCAUCAAGAAGCAGCAACACUGCUCCCGGUUUGUCUUCGUCGUGUUCCUGGAYCACCGUGAAGCUCCUGGAUGUCCGGGACCACCCACGAAGUGGAUUCCUCGUGCUGGAAUUGGACAAGGCGGAUGUCUCCGGUGGUAGCCGCCGCUUUACACCCGAGGAACUGUUMCAGCAGCGACCGGGGAGCUGUUUCGAACUUUCGGCAGAACCGGUAAAAAGCAGUACUGGGAGCAGCGACAUCAACAAGUCGAAUGCCAAUGCGAAAGAUACCGACGACGGCCAUCCCAACCACGAAUGGGCCACCGCUGUGAAGACCCUCGGCUCGGUAGGUCCUGGAAAGCGUGGAUCGACGAAGCUGGUCCUGGUAAUAUACGACGAGACGUCCAUUAAUGAUCUCAAGCGGCUGUUCURYCAGCAGCAGCAAUCAAUUGUGUUGCGGAUCCGGUUUUGUACAACACUGAUUUCCCAGUGCCGUCAGUUYGAGGCGUGCGAUUUCGGGAGCACGGGCCACUUUCGAAAGCGGGGGGGAAGCAGUAGCAACAGCAGCGGGCUUUUAAAACAAAUCAURGGACAAAAACAAGCUACGCACAUCCGCUUCGAAUACUCGGACGACGAAGAAAGCGACAACGAAAUCGAGAAAGAACAGAAGAAUUUCUCCGAUGGAGAGGAGGGAGCGGAAGAAAUCAUUGGUUACAUUAUCGACGACAACGACGAUGAAGAGGAACGCUUUCAUGAGGCGGAAGACUUCCAGCAAAGUGAAGAAGGCAAGAACCAAAAUCUCGACGAGGGAGAAGAGCAAAAACAACGCAGGAAGCCAUCUUUGUCCCUGUCCUCCUUCACCGGGUUGAAAAAACUGAACCAAACCCAAGAAUYCGCCGCUCGGGAUUUUUGUACCGACUGCGGCGAUAAUGAUCRAGCACCAACGCUAGUGAAUAGCAAUGGCACCAAGGAUGACCUUUUACAACUUGUACAGGGCCCCCCGGGAACAGGCAAGACCACMUUUGUCGUUUCGGUACUAGCCCGACUCCUCUGCUCUGAAUCUUCGUCAUCAUCAAAGAGAAAACGCCCCCGGCGCAUUCUAGUCACCGCACCCACAAACAAAGCAGUUGGAGUCAUCGCCAAGCGGUUCCUGGAAGCAUGUCCYGGACUCCUAGAGAAACACGGAAUCCCCGUGGCGCUGAUUGGUGUCGAAGACAAGCUUUUUGAUGCAAAAAACAAAACAACAACGGCAAAAGAAACGAAGCGCAAUGCGAGUAAAAAUACAAGCCGGCAUUGUUCUGKAGAAUCCACCGCCAAAGAUUCUUCAAUAGCGGGCGUCUCAUUUGCGGAUGAACAGCUCAAACGCAUAUUUUGCUAUACAUGGAUUGAGUCUCUAGCCGAAGACUACAACGRGCUGUCCGCUCUGUUGACCAGCGCACAAGAAAAGAUAUCAGUCCCAGYGGGGAGCUAUGCUGGAGACCGUGGUGUUGCAGCGUGGCUGMCGAACAUGUUUCCACCAAAGAGUGGGAGCUAUUCUUUGAUGGCAGGCAGCGACAGCGAUUCGGACACGGAAGAGGAGGAACUAACGGAACACAAAGGGAAUGCUUCURAGACCGAGCCUGCUGCCAGAAAAAAUUCUGCCUGUACUCAAAAUGCUUUAGUGGCCAGGGCACGUGGCCUGCACAUAAGACUGAUUCGAAACCUUCCCCGCCUGUCCGAAUCCUCUGGUGUAGCGAAUCUUUCUCGAAAACUAGUCCAGUCUCUUGUCGGAGACUGCCCGAAUCAAGAACCGAAGCUCUCCGAAGCUCGUUUUUUCCUAGACGAGAUCCUCAACAUCAUCCGGGGCGAGAACCAGCCUAACGCAUCGGGUGUGAGAGUCGAUACGGAUGAAAGCAACAACGACAGUGAGAAUGAAGGGAGAUCCCUCGAGGCGGACGCCAUACCGGAACUCCUGGCAACGGCAAGAGUCAUCUUUUGCACGCUUAGCACCGCAGGAACUUCCCUAAUGAAGCAGACUCGGAGGGUGGACGACUGGAUUGUCGACGAGGCCGCGGCGGCCACGGAAGCAGAGCUGUUGAUCCCUCUUCAUCUUGAUCCCAAACGGCUGCUGGCGGUAGGCGAUCCWAUGCAGCUACCAGCCUCCGUGGCAAGCCCCCUGGCCGUCGGCUGGGGGCUGGGGGGAAGCCUCCACGAGCGCCUGACGGUUGAUCUCGGCCGGUCCCAAACCAUGCUUGAUGUCCAGUACCGCAUGAAACCGGAGAUUUCAGAAUUCCCUUCCAAUCAGUUUUAUGAUGGGAGGCUAACCAACGGGGACAACGUCCGGUGCCCCAAUUAUGGAUUAUUAAAUCACGCCAAAAAGCACCCGGUGAACGGGAACGGAUCGCAGCAGCUAUUGCAAACCACUCCUCCUUGGUGCUUCUUUCAAGUGGAAGGGAAAGAACGGCAAUCGUAUAGUGGUUCCUACUUCAAUGUCGAGGAAGCUUCCGCAGUGGUGGCAGUCUUGAAAGAAAUCCGAGCAAGUGGCAACCUGAUAAAACAGAAAACAGGGAGAGAAGAAUCAUAUUCUUGGUUCUCAUCCGAGAAGGUCCGGGUUAUUACUUUCUACAGUGCACAGGUAGCUACCCUGAAACAAAUGCUUCGCAGAGAGGGGAUGCCGCAAGAUUUGGUACACACAGUSGACUCGUCCCAAGGAUGCGAGGCCGACAUCGUCAUCCUAAGUUUCGUGAGAAGUUCCCGGGCCGGAUUCCUCGCCGACGAUCGAAGGAUGAAUGUUGCCCUCACCCGAGCAAAAUACAAAUUGAUUUGCCUGUGCAAUAUGCGCGAAUCAUUGUGGGCUAAGUCGUCUCUCACAAUAAAGAAAAUGGUGGAAAACGCGCAGCAAAGAGGUUGCAUCUCAUAUUCUCUAGCAACAGAAGCAAACAGUAUUCCACGGGACUGGCUAAAAAAAUGAUUAAAAGGAUCGUCCAAUUCUUUCGACCCAAAAUAUAGAUGAUAGAGCUUC